AUGAGGGCGGAGGGCUGUGAGGAGCCCGGGUCUGUGGCAGAUCUGACACUCGGGCUGGUUCCUGGCUGGGAAGUUCAGGGCAGAGGGGACUUCUCUUGGCUUCACUCACGUCUCCCCCUUGCUCCCCCUGCACCAGCCACAGCGCUCAAGAGCGGCUCCGGAGAAGCCCUGUCCCUCAGCAUUGAGGAGACCAACAAACUCCGAGCCAAGCUGGGCCUGAAGCCCUUGGAAGUGGGCACCAUCAAGAAAGAGGCAGGCACCAAGGAAGACCCGAUGGCGGCCGAUGUCAUCAACCCAAUGGCACUGCGGCAGCGUGAGGAGAUCCGCGAGAAGCUGGCAGCUGCCAAGGAGAAGCGCCUGCUCAAUCAGAAAUUAGGAAAGAUAAAGGCCCUUGGAGAGGACGAUCCUUGGCUGGAUGAUGCGGCUGCCUGGAUUGAGCGGAGCCGCAAGCUGCAGCAGGAGAAGGACCUGGCUGAGAAGAGGGCCAAGCUGCUGGAGGAGAUGGACCAGGAGUUUGGCAUCAGCAGCCUGGUGGAGGAAGAGUUCGGGCAGAGGAAGAAGGACUCGUACAGCUCGCGGGACCUGCAGGGCCUGACAGUGGAACACACCAUUGAGUCCUUCCAGGAGGGAGAGACCCUGGUCCUGACGCUCAAGGACAAAGGUGUUCUGGUGGAGGAGGAGGAUGUGCUGGUGAACGUGAACCUGGUGGACAAGGAGAAGGCGGACAAGAACGUGGAGCUGCGCAAGAAGAAGCCGGACUAUGAGCCCUACUCGCAGGAUGAGAGCGUGGAUGACAUGGCCCAGGUGAGCUGUGGGGAGCAGGACCUGCUUAGAUGGGGGCUGGGGGGAAGGGAAGAGAGAGGAGCAGCAGCCCGGCGCGAGCUGCAGCAGGUGCGUGAGGCGCUGCGCAGCCAGGCCCAGAGCCUGGCUGGACCUGGCCCCCGCCUGGCCGCUGAGUACCUCACGCCCGAGGAGAUGAGCGUGACCUUCCGGAAGCCGAAGCAGCGGGUGAAGCGGCUGCGGCGCAAGGAGAAGCUGCUGACAGCUGAGGACCUCCUGGCACUGGGCCCCACCCCCAGUGACCACGGCGACCACGGCUCCAGGUCCCGGGGACGGGGACGGCGACAGCGGGUUCAGGAGGAGGGGGAGGGGGAGAGCCAGGAGGAGGCGGACGAGGACCCCCUCGAGGACCCUCCUCCCCCUCCCUCGGACGACACCCGCGUGGAGAACAUGGACAUCAGCAGUGACGAUGAGGCCCUGCCCCCUGGGUCACCCCCGGUGCUGGAGGAAGAUGAGGCAGAGCAGGAGCUGCAGAAGCAGCUGGAGAAGGGGCUGCGCCUGCGGCAGCUCCAGCAGCUCCGUGAGGGUGGAGACAAGGUGGCAGAGGCGGUGCGGCGUCUGGCCCGGGCAGGGCCGGGGCUGGAUGCAGACAUGGGAGUGGAGCCGGAGGAGGCAGGGGCAGAGCCAGAGCGCAAGGGGGCCAUCGUCUUCAAUGCCACCUCUGAGUUCUGCCGCACGCUGGGGGAGAUCCCCACCUACGGGCUGGCUGGCAACCGCGAGGACCCCCAGGACCUGCUGGACUUUGAGCGGGAUGAGGAGCGGUCGGUGACGGGGGCCUCGGGCUCCGAUGGGGAAGAGAACAUGGGUUGGAGCACCGUGAACCUGGACGAGGAGAAGCAGCAGCAGGACUUCUCGGCCUCAUCCACCACCAUCCUCGAUGAGGAGCCAAUCGUGAACCGGGGCCUGGCUGCAGCCCUGAUGCUUUGUCAGAACAAAGGCCUGCUGGAGACAACUGUGCAGAAGGUUGCCCGGGUGAAGGCCCCCAAUAAGUCCCUGCCCUCGGCCGUCUACUGCAUUGAGGACAAGAUGGCCAUUGAUGACAAGUACAGCCGGCGCGAGGAGUACCGCGGCUUCACACAGGACUUCAAGGAGAAGGACGGGUACCGGCCCGACGUCAAGAUUGAGUACGUGGAUGAGACGGGCCGCAAGCUCACGCCCAAGGAGGCCUUCCGGCAGCUCUCGCACCGUUUCCAUGGCAAGGGCUCAGGGAAGAUGAAGACAGAGCGGAGGAUGAAGAAGCUGGACGAGGAGGCGCUGCUGAAGAAGAUGAGCUCCAGUGACACCCCCCUGGGCACCGUGGCCCUGCUGCAGGAGAAGCAGAAGGCCCAGAAGACACCCUACAUCGUCCUGAGCGGGAGCGGGAAGAGCAUGAAUGCAAACACCAUCACCAAGUGAGCCAGACAUCACUGGGUCCCUCGUGCCACAGGUCUGUGCCAUGGUGGGGACCCCUGUGCCUGGCGCUGUACAUAGUUGAGAUGUUGAUAUUCCCCCCUCGAUCUUCUCUUUUGUAUUAUGUGAAGCCCUGUGUUUACCUCAAUAAACCCGUAAAUUCCA